AUGCAGAUGGCUCAAUAUGCCAAUGCUGAGUCUUCUGUGUCUGGUGGAUCUCCGGACAAGAGAGACUACAUCAAAUCUACUCUUGACCUGGACAACGACCCCAUUUUCAACUCCCGCAACACUUCCUUUGGUGGCCAGAUCGUAGCUGCUACUGGCAUCCGAGGAGUCGACAUCAUCCUCAAUUCCUUGACCGGUGACAUGCUGGAUAAAUGUUUCCACAUUCUGGCCAAAUGGAGGCAUCAUGAUUGA